UCUGACCAUGAAAAGGUGUUGUUAAGUUGUUCAUUUGUGAUUAAAUUUAGUGUUGUGGCAUUUAUGUUAUUGCUUGAACUGUUUUCUUGGGCUGAAGAGAUGUCACUGGUUGAACAUUUAACAGGAAAAGAAAAAAUCAAAGAAAUAAAGAGGCUCACAGAACUAUGGAAUGACAUCAAUGUGUACACAGAUGGCUCUCUGGAUCCAACAGAUGACAACAAUGUGAAAAUGG